GACGAAGCUUCAGCCCAUAUCGAACAAACCGGCCUCCAAACCCAAACCAUCCCUCCGUUCCUCGAUCACCACCACGACGGAUUCGUAUCGGAGGACUUUUUAGUUUUCUCCCUCUGUAAAAUUUUGCGUCUUCUUCUAAAUCUCAGCUCUGCUCCAAAAUUAGGGCUUACAAUCAAAACGAAAAUGGAGAAAGAGAAGAAGAACAAAUACAGCAUAAUAGUCCCAACGUACAACGAGCGUCUCAACAUUGCACUCAUCGUUUAUCUCAUCUUCAAACACCUCCGGGAUGUUGAUUUUGAAGUUAUUAUCGUGGAUGAUGGGAGUCCUGAUGGUACUCAAGAAGUUGUUAAGCAGUUACAGCAAGUAUAUGGUGAAGAUCGCAUUUUGUUAAGACCUAGAGCGAAGAAGCUUGGACUAGGUACGGCUUACAUUCAUGGGUUGAAGCAUGCAUCUGGGAAUUUUGUUGUCAUCAUGGAUGCUGAUCUAUCUCACCAUCCAAAGUAUCUGCCAAGCUUUAUCAAGAAACAGUUGGUGACUGGUGCAUGCAUAGUUACUGGGACCCGAUAUGUUAAGGGUGGAGGCGUACAUGGGUGGAAUCUAAUGCGCAAGCUAACUAGUAGGGGAGCUAAUGUUCUUGCUCAAACACUUCUGUGGCCUGGUGUAUCUGAUCUGACAGGAUCUUUCAGGCUUUAUAAGAAAUCAGUGUUUGAAGAUAUUAUCAGUUCUGUGGUUAGCAAGGGAUAUGUCUUUCAAAUGGAGAUGAUUGUUCGGGCUUCCAGAAAAGGCUACCAUAUCGAGGAGGUCCCGAUUACCUUCGUUGACAGAGUAUUUGGGAGUUCAAAGCUAGGAGGAUCUGAAAUUGUUGAAUAUUUGAAAGGCCUUGCAUAUCUUCUAGUUACAACAUAAGAUACAACGCUGUUUACAAACACUAUCAGUUUUGCACACCUUGUGCACUUCUGCACUUCCUGUUGCAAUCUUAAUAGCCAUAAUCAUAGUAACACAAUCAGUUUUGUACACCUCGUGUACUUCUGCACUUCUUAUUGCAACAAAUCUUAAUAGCCAUAAUCAUAGUUUUUUAUACUUGCAAAAAUCGUGAUCCUUCUUAGUUUUGUAAAGAUUUGUUGACUUCUUCCUCGUACUGUGAUAGGUUUUGGAUUCUAAUUAGAAUUAUUAUCACAUUAACUCUUGUUUGAUGAUUUUUGUCAAAAUUCAAGGCAUAAUAAUCAUCACCAGCAUUGAA